AUGGCAGAGACAGAGGCGCAAACAGGAGGUGUUGAUGUUCACAACAAUGAUAAGUCUGCAGUUCUAUUUCUUGUAUUGCUGGCCAGUGCAAAAGUUAGUUGGGGUCAUGAAAAGUUCACCAUUCAAAUAAAUGAAGGCAAUGCCAUUGAUGCUAUAAUCAAGUCGGAACCCUUUGUAAAAAUCAACGAUGGAUACUACUUUUUUGGAAGAGAGUCUCUCAACUGGUAUGAGGCCUAUGAAAAGUGCCGGCUUCUAGAUUCCGAACUUGUGACAUUUGAGACGGACCCAGAGUUUGAUUCAGUUUCCAGUUAUUUAAUGGCCAACGAUUCGAGGGAGAACUAUUGGACUUCGGGUAAUGAUCUGGGCAAAACUGGCACCCACAAGUGGUUCACCAGUGGCCAGAUCAUCAGCACCCUCAGGUGGGCAGUCAACCAGCCGGAUAAUGCUGGACAAAGGGAGCACUGCAUCCACAUGGGUUACGUAUACCAGGACUCCAAGAAGUUCCAGCUCAACGAUCGACCCUGUUCCCAAGACAACAAUAGUUUGUUCAAGUAUAUAUGCGAGGCACCCAAACUGGAAACCAUAUCCAUUGUGGUGUGGAAGUAAAUCGCGAAUAUUUACUUCAACUUAAUCAUCAUUAAACAAUAAUAAUAUCCUGGACGACAUAGUAAAUACACUUACUAAUUAAAUGUUAUUUACCCAAUAUCAAUACCUUGUAGAAAACGGAGCCACCUUUCAUCAAGUAACUCUUCUUAUCACAAGUCAUUUAACCCGUACAACAAGUAAUUAGCAGCCAGAUAAUACAGAGAGUAUAAAUAAGCUGAAGGUACUUUUCAAUCGCAUCAGUUUGCAACGCA